AAUGUAUGCCACGUGUCUACGUAUGUCACGUGCAUAAGCCCCGUAUAAUCAAAAAUGGCGAGGGGAAGCAGUGCAGGAUUCGACCAUCACAUUACUAUCUUCUCUCCUGAAGGACGGCUUUACCAAGUCGAAUACGCUUUCAAAGCUAUCAGUCAGGGGGGAAUGACGUCCAUAGGUGUUCGUGGAGAUGACUGUGCUGUUGUGAUUACGCAUAAGAAAUUGCCAGACAAACUCCUGGAUGCGUCUACUGUGACUCAUAUGUUCAAGCUGACUGAACACAUUGGUUGUGUUAUGACUGGAUUGUCUGCUGAUUCCGCUGCUCAAGUAAGACGGGCUCGCCAUGAAGCAGGAUUUUGGAAGUACAAGUAUGGGUAUGAGAUUCCAGCUGAUAUGCUGUGUCGUCGUAUUGCUGACAUUUCUCAAGUCUACACUCAAAAUGCCAACAUGCGACCACUGGGCUGCAGUAUGAUUAUGAUUAGCAUAGAUGAAGAGUAUGGACCAAGACUAUACAAAACAGAUCCUGCUGGUUACUAUUGUGGCUAUCAAGCAUGUAGUGUAGGCAGCAAGCAGACCGAGGCAAAUACUUUCUUGGAAAAGAAGAUCAAGAAGAAACCGAAACUCGGUUACACUGAGACUGUGCAGAUGGCAAUUACUGCAUUGUCAACCAUUUUGAGUGUUGACUUUAAACCAUCAGAAAUUGAAGUGGCAGUUGUCACUACAGACAAGCCAUUAUUUAGGGUAUUGCCUGAUGAUGAAGUGGACGGACACUUGACAGCAAUUGCUGAGAAGGAUUGAUUUUUGCCUAGACAGUAGAGUGUAUUGCAUGAUUGUGACACAGUCAGAGGUAGCUAUAGUACAUACAAAUGUAGCUUCAAGUGUUCAUUACCAUUACCUAUUCAAGUGUUCAUUACCAUUCCA